GCCGCCGACCGCCCGCUGAGAGCCGCCGCUGCAAGCCUCUCAGCCUCUCCACCUGUACGAUGCUCUCCCUGGAUCCGCCGGGUCCCGAGCGGGACUGCGCCCUGGGCUUCAAGGAGGAAGAGGAGGGCCGGUGGGGAGGGGGCUCUGGCCUGCCUCCCACAGGCGACUUCCCUGGCUCCUGGGGCCACGACGUGGGCCUGGACUGCCGGGGCGCCCCAGAGGGGGCAGAGGCCCGGGCCUGGACUGUCUACUUCUACAGCCUCCUGCAGAGCUGUCUGCAGCAAGCUGGCCUUCCGGAGACCCAGGACCGCAGCCAGGUGCCCCGCACAGGCUGCCCCGGGGCCGAGGUCACCUUGUGCGUCCUGGGAUCCCCCAGCACCUUCCUGCCCGUGCUGCUGGAGGGUGGGGUCCAGAGUCCGGGAAACAUGCUCCUUUGCCUGUCGCCUGCCUGGCUGGCCAAGGUGCCAGCUCCCGAGAGGCCAGGCGAGACGGCCCUGUUGGUCUCCAAGGCUGUGAGCUUCUACCCGGGGGGCCUGACGUUUCUGGACGACUUUGUGCCCCCGCGCUCUGCCACCUAUUUCCUGGCGGGGCUGGGGCUGGGGCCCGGCCGGGGUCAGGAGGCCGCGGAGUUGGCCCGAGACCUGGCCUGCCCCACGGGAGCCUCAGCCGAGCUGGCCCGGCUGCUGGAGGACCGGCUGCUGACGAGGCAGCUGCUGGCCACGCAGGGCAGUGUGGCAGUGCCAGCCACCCUGGCUUUCACCUACAAGCCGCCGGCGCUGCUGCAGGGCGGGGGCGCCAGCCCCGCGCUCCGGGUGGUGCGGCUGAGUGGCAGACAGGGCCAGGAGGCGCUGGUGACGGAGGAAGUGAGAGUCUUCCUGCGCUCCCAGGUCCUGGGGGACGCCCUGCAGGUGGCUGUGAAGCUCAGUGGCUGGCACUGGCGGGGACGGCAGGCCUUGCGGCUGCAUCCUCGGGCAGACCUGGGCCCCGUGGUGGACACAGUGCUGACCUUGCUGGAGAAACUGGAGGAGGAGGAGAGUGUCCUGGUGGAGGCCGUGUGCCCGCCUGCCCAGCUGCCCUUCCCAGGCAGCCCCCCACCAGGCCCCGCGCUGGCGGUGCGGAUCUGUGCCGUAGUGUGUCGGACGCAGCAUGACAGGCCCCUGCUGAGCAAGGUCGUGUGCAGCGUGGGCCGCAGGGACCAGCCUCUGCGGCACCAGACUUCCUUGCCACGCACGCUGGAGGUGGCCCUGGCCCAGUGCGGCCUGGGCGAGGCUGCGCAGGUGGCGGCGGUGCGGAAGCGCAGGGGUGAACUUUUUGCCCCCAAACCGCGUGAGCACCGAGCCCUACCGGGAAGGAGGAAGCCUGGGUGGAGGGACUGGUGGGACCAGCUGCACUUGGUAGAGUCGAACCCUAACCACUUUGCAUCCCAAGUGGUGCAAAGCUUCAUCCACUUUGACGUGACAGAGCACCGGAAGGACGAGGAGAAUGCUCGGCUGCUGGCGGAGCUGGUGCGGGCCCGUGGCCUGCAGCUAGAUGGCUGCUUUUCCUACUGGGACGACUGCCUGGUGCUCACCGCCUUGCUGUGCCAGGAGCUGGGGCUGCCGUGCAGCCCGCCGGCCGCCAUGCGCCUGGCCAAGCAGAAGAGCCGCACCCAGCUGCACCUGCUCCACCACCACGGUCCGCCCUGGCCCGCGGCCUCCCUCUACGCCGUGCCCUGCUGCCCACUGGAGAGUGAGGCUGAUGUGGAAAGGGCUGUCCGCCAGGUGCCCCUGCCGGGCGUCAUGAAGCUGGAGUUCGGGGCGGGCGCGGUGGGCGUGCGGCUGGUGGAGGAUGCGCCGCAGUGCCUUGAGCACUUUUCCCGGAUUGCCCGGGACCUGCAGGGUGAGGCUGACCACCCGGGCAUCGGGCUGGGCUGGGGCAAUGCCAUGCUGCUGAUGGAGUUCGUGGAGGGCACUGAGCACGAUGUGGACCUGGUGGUGUUUGGCGGGCGGCUGCUGGCAGCCUUCGUCUCGGACAACGGCCCCACCCGGCUGCCUGGCUUCACGGAGACAGCAGCCUGCAUGCCCACUGGGCUGGCACCGGAGCAGGAGGCACAGCUGGUGCAGGCAGCCUUCCGCUGCUGCCUGGGCUGUGGGCUGCUAGACGGGGUCUUUAACGUGGAGCUCAAGCUGACCGGGGCUGGGCCGAGGCUCAUCGAGAUCAACCCCCGCAUGGGUGGCUUCUACCUGCGCGACUGGAUCCUGGAGCUCUAUGGGGUGGACCUGCUGCUGGCUGCUGCUAUGGUGGCCUGCGGCCUGCGGCCGGCCCUGCCUGCCCACCCACGAGCCCGGGGCCACCUGGUGGGCGUCAUGUGCCUGGUGUCCCAGCACCUGCAGGCACUGAGUUCCACGGCCAGCCGUGAGACCCUGCAAGCGCUUCACGACCGGGGCCUGCUGCGCCUCACCUUGCUGGAGGAGGCGCUGGUGCCGGGCGAGUAUGAGGAGCCCUAUUGCAGUGUGGCCUGCGCCGGGCCCAGCCCAGCCGAGGCCCGCCUCCGCUUGCUGGGCCUCUGCCAGGGCCUGGGCAUCGACGGGCCCCACUACCCUGUGGCCCACUUCCUGUCCCACUUUAAAUAGCACUGGGGCCAGGGGGCAGGGUAAAGGGCUGGAGUGGGCACCUAGUGCCUCUUGCUCCCUGGUGCUCUCCCUGCCUCUCUCCCCUCGCCCCUGCCCAGCCCUCCCAGCCUGCUUCAAGGCCUCAUGACUGAUCCAGCGCAGCAGGGCCAUUUUGACCCCAGAGCCUCCUGGACUUGCGGGCCACAGAAGAAAGCAUCGGGGGUUGCUGGGCACACUUGCCCUUCCAGACACCCCACCCACCCCAGGGCUGCCCCAGGACUCCGGUGCAUACACUCACACACACUCAUCCCCUGAAUCACCGUGGAGGCGGGCGAGGGCCCCAGCCCACGUGCACCCCUGCCCCCGGGCCUGUCUCUUCCUGCCGUCUACAGGAGGCGAGAACAUGGCAGAUCCUUCGCCUUGAACAAAUCCCCGUAGAACCUGAAUAACCCUUGUACUCUCUCCCAAGAGCCGGCUGAUGACCUCUGGCAGUGCCCCACCUGCCUCAUUUGACCUGGGCAGCAGAAGCAGGGGCCCUGGGGUCCUGAUCCACAGAUGAGGAAACUGGCUCCGACCGGGAGAACCACCACCGUGCGGUCACCCCAGUGGCCAGGGGUUGGGGCGCAGAGGUGAGAGGCGAGGCCCAGGUGUCUCCUCGCCCACUCUCACAUGCCUGCUCAGCUUGUGGGCCCUCGCACCUCCUGCCCUCACUCACAUGGUUCUGAGCAUUGUAACCUUCCUCCCAUGCACCGCCAAGCCUCGGAGCUGCGGCCUCCCGCCCACCUAACUAGCAUUGGCAGCGAGAGUCUAUAUCCGGGGUUCAGGAGCGGGUGCUUUCAGGAGCUGCGGCCAGCUCCAGGAGCACCCCACUCUAAAUAAAGCUUAUGGACUAGUCUGAA